AACGGUCAAAACCCAAAUUUGAUAUCUUAUAUUUCUUCUGAAAUUCUGAGAUAAACAAUCUGUGGCAUCCAUCACACACGUAAUACUCCCAAAACCCAUUACUCGUUUGGAUUCAAUAUUCAAUACAAUACUUUCUCUCCUCCCCUCUCUUUGUGUGUGUCAUGGAGUUUGAGCGUUAUAACUAGCUCUCAUCCUCACCCAAGAUUUCCCAUUUCUCAUCCUCAGGGGGAAGAUGGAGAUUGACAAAGCAAUCAGGGAGUGCGAUGAUCGAAGGCUUAAGACCAAGUACAACAACGCUAUCUAUGUCAUUCAGAGAGCUCUUGCCCUCUACUCCAUUGAAGAGGUCACCUUCAGCUUCAAUGGGGGAAAAGAUUCAACAGUUUUGCUGCACCUACUUAGGGCUGGCUACUUUUUGCAUAAAGGGGAACAAAGCUGUACAAAUGGGGGUGUAAAAGAUUUUCCAAUACGAACAAUAUAUUUUGACUCCCCAUCCGCUUUCCCUGAAAUCAAUUCAUUUACUUAUGAUGCAGCCAACAUGUAUGGUUUGGAACUGGAUAUCAUUCGCUCAGAUUUUAAGUCUGGUUUGGAGGCUUUACUAAAGGGCAAACCAAUCAGAGCAAUUUUCCUCGGAGUUCGAAUGGGCGAUCCUACUGCGGUUGGGCAAGAGCAGUUCUCUCCUAGUUCACGUGGCUGGCCACCUUUCAUGAGAGUGAAUCCCAUCUUGGAUUGGUCAUACAGAGAUGUGUGGGCCUUCCUCUUAACUUGCAAGGUUCAGUACUGCAGUCUUUAUGAUCAAGGAUAUACUUCAAUCGGGAGCAUAUACGAUACAGUUCCGAAUUCAUUGUUAAGCAUCAACAACUCCUCCAGCAGCAAAGAAGUAUUUAGACCUGCGUAUUUUCUUUCUGAUGGAAGGUUAGAGAGAGCAGGGAGAGUUAAAAAAGUACAUCAUUCGGUUGGUGGGAAGAAGCCUGUUGUUGCCAAUGGGCUUAACAGUAUGGAGUUACCAAAGAGUAGCUUACUCACAGCAUCGGUCAUAGCUGUUGGGGAUGAGAUUCUGUUUGGCACUGCUGAGGAUCAAUUAGCGCAUUCAUUGUGUAGAAAGCUCCAUUCCAUUGGUUGGUCGGUAUCAGAAACUACUGUUGUACGAAAUGAUAUAGAUUCUGUGGCUGAAGAAGUUGAGCGACGACAAUCAAGUAAUGAUAUGGUAUUUAUAUAUGGAGGGGUUGGCCCACUUCAUUCAGAUGUCACUUUGGCAGGUGUUGCAAAGGCUUUUGGGGUUCGUCUGGCUCCUGAUGAAGAAUUUGAAGAAUAUUUGAGGCAUCUUAUAGGUGAUCAGUGCACAGGUGAUCGGAAUGAGAUGGCUCUGUUGCCCGAGGGAAUUACUGAGUUAUUGCAUCAUGAAAAGUUGAUCGUCCCCUUGAUCAAGUGUAAAAAUGUAAUAAUAUUUACGGCUACAAACGUCCUGGAGCUAGACGAUGAGUGGAACUGCCUAAUUGAACUAAUGAGGUCCAGUGGCGAGUUAGUAAUGGCACAACCAUUUGUAUCCAAGUGCUUGACAACAAAUCUUGCAGAUUUAGAAGUUGCUCAACCUGUGUCAAAACUCUGCCUAGAAUUUCCAGACCUCUACAUUGGGUGCUAUCGCAUAUCAAGACGUGAGCCUCUUAGAAUUUACUUUGAGGGCAAGGACCAAGAUCGAAUUGAAUCAGCGAAAGAAGCAUUGUGCAAGAAAUUCAAUCCAGGGGCUUUCUCUGAAAUCAAUUUGAGUUGAUGGGGGUGAAUGCCAGUUAACUGGUCUGAUAUACCAUAAUACAAGACUGUAGACGCUGUUAACUGGGUGAAGCCCAUUGUAACAAGGAAAAUGUUGUCAUUAUGAACAAAAUAGUCCUUAAGAAAUGGACUUUCUAUUAUUUGAAAUCUCACAGCUCAUUGGUACA